CUUUGUACUUAGCGCAAGAAGAUGCAAGUUCUAAUCCUGCAUAUUUCAGUUGCAAGACAUACAGAUGGGAAGCCGGUGUCUCUGUCUCCGCUGGAGUCCCAGCCUCACAGCCCCCGGUACACGGCGUCCAGCCAGCGGGAGCGCGAGAGCCUGGAGGUGCGCGUGCGCGAGGUGGAGGAGGAGAACCGCGCGCUCCGCCGGCAGCUCAGCCUGGCCCAGGGCCACGGCCCGGCCCACCGGCGCGGCAACCACUCGAAGACCUACUCCAUGGAGGAGGGCACCGGAGAUAGCGAGAACCUUCGGGCCGGCAUCGUGGCAGGCAACAGCUCCGAGUGUGGGCAGCAGCCGGUCGUGGAGAAGUGCGAGACAAUCCACGUUGCCAUUGUCUGUGCCGGAUACAACGCCAGCCGGGAUGUUGUCACCUUGGUGAAGUCUGUCCUGUUUCACAGGCGGAACCCCCUGCAUUUCCACGUCAUCGCCGACUCCAUCGCCGAGCAGAUCCUGGCGACGCUCUUCCAGACCUGGAUGGUGCCUGCCGUGCGAGUAGACUUCUACAACGCGGAUGAGCUCAAGUCUGAAGUUUCCUGGAUCCCCAACAAACAUUACUCUGGGAUUUACGGUCUGAUGAAGCUUGUCCUCACCAAGACUCUUCCUGCCAACCUGGAGAGGGUCAUCGUCCUUGACACAGACAUCACCUUUGCCACCGAUAUUGCAGAGCUCUGGGCUGUGUUCCACAAGUUCAAAGGUCAACAGGUCCUGGGCCUCGUAGAGAACCAGAGUGAUUGGUACCUCGGAAACCUGUGGAAGAAUCACCGCCCUUGGCCUGCCCUUGGAAGGGGCUACAACACAGGAGUGAUCCUGCUGCUUCUGGAUAAGCUGCGGAAGAUGAAGUGGGAGCAGAUGUGGAGGCUGACUGCAGAGAGGGAGUUGAUGGGCAUGCUCUCCACAUCCUUAGCUGAUCAGGAUAUUUUCAACGCUGUCAUCAAACAAAACCCCUUCCUCGUGUAUCAGCUCCCCUGCUUCUGGAACGUGCAGCUGUCAGACCACACCCGCUCUGAGCAGUGCUACAGAGACGUGUCUGAUCUAAAGGUCAUUCACUGGAACUCCCCCAAGAAGCUGCGGGUGAAGAACAAGCACGUGGAGUUUUUCCGCAACCUCUACCUGACCUUCCUGGAGUACGACGGGAACCUCCUGCGACGGGAGCUCUUUGGCUGCCCCAGCGAGGCUGACGUCAACAGUGAAAACCUCCAGAAGCAGCUCUCUGAGCUUGAUGAGGACGACUUGUGUUAUGAAUUCCGGCGAGAGCGUUUCACCGUCCACCGAACCCACCUGUACUUCUUGCACUAUGAGUAUGAGCCCACUUCAGACAACACGGACGUCACCCUGGUUGCUCAGCUCUCCAUGGACAGGCUCCAGAUGCUCGAGGCCAUCUGCAAGCACUGGGAGGGGCCCAUCAGCCUGGCCCUCUACCUGUCGGACGCUGAGGCCCAGCAGUUCCUCCGCUACGCACAGGGCUCUGAGGUGCUCAUGGGCCGCCACAACGUGGCCUACCACAUCGUGUACAAGGAGGGCCAGUUCUACCCCGUGAACCUGCUGCGCAACGUGGCCAUGAAGCACGUGGGCACGCCCUACAUGUUCCUGUCCGACAUCGACUUCCUGCCCAUGUACGGACUCUAUGAGUACCUCAGGAAGUCUGUCAUCCAGCUCGACCUUGCCAACACCAAGAAGGUGAUGAUCGUCCCUGCGUUCGAGACGCUGCGCUACCGGCUCUCCUUCCCCAAGUCGAAGGCAGAGUUGCUGUCAAUGCUGGACAUGGGGACCCUCUUCACAUUCAGGUACCACGUCUGGACUAAAGGCCACGCACCCACAAACUUUGCCAAGUGGCGGACCGCCACCACGCCUUACCGGGUUGAGUGGGAGGCCGAUUUCGAGCCGUAUGUUGUCGUGAGACGGGACUGCCCUGAGUACGACCGGAGGUUUGUGGGCUUUGGCUGGAACAAGGUGGCUCACAUCAUGGAACUGGAUGCCCAGGAGUAUGAAUUCAUCGUGCUGCCCAACGCGUACAUGAUCCACAUGCCUCACGCCCCUAGCUUCGACAUCACCAAGUUCCGGUCCAACAAGCAAUACCGCAUCUGUCUCAAAACCCUGAAGGAAGAGUUUCAGCAGGACAUGUCCCGCCGCUACGGCUUUGCCGCCCUCAAAUAUCUCACGGCCGAGAACAACAGCUAGCACCAAGAAGCCCAUCACAAGGGAGAGACGUUCUACAAGGGGGGAGAGCCACUUGCUGUUUGGGGCCCAGCCUUCAAACUCAAAUUGAGCACC